UAUACACGCGAAAAGGAAGAUGUCUAAGAACAUGAGAUAUAUGUUAUAAAUUAUUGUUUAUAGGCCAUUUCUCUUUGUUUUCUGAAAACAUGAGCUUGAACAUGGUCUCGGAAGUGGACAGGAGGUUCUACUCCAACAAUUUGCUUUCAAAUGAAGAUUUAGAAGCUGACAUGGAUCUGUCCGAGAUACUGGGAAUGGAUACAGCGCUGAGUCCAGAGGACUUGGUCCGAGAUUUCCCGGAUGACUUUCCAACUCUGACUUUGGAUGCCAUAAAUAAUGACACGUUUACAGCAUUUGCUGAUUCAUGUACAACAUUCCAUGAUGAUCUACAACAGGAGUUCAGUGACAGCUCGGACAGUGGGAUUAGUGGUGUGACAGUGCAAUAUGAAAAUCAGCCAUCACCAGACCUCCUGAUCAAACAGGAGCCUCUGUCUCCAGCAUCAUCCCUGUCCUCGGAGGGCUCUGACGGAAUAGUGUCACAGUCACAUAAGAUAUACACCGUUGAUCAGGACCUUAAGAUAGAAAGUCCACCAUCAUCUCCACAAUCGAUGAUCCUGACAAGUCAGGGCCAAACCAUUCCUCAAUCAUCCUUCACAUACAUUGGUGACCAGUCAGAUAUUGGGUCAUCCGUGAUCAUCAACGCUCCGUCGAAAACUUGUAGCACAGUUCUCACUGGGUUUGAUACAUCCAUCAACAUCAACUCCAUUCUGAAUUCCAAAGUCAAGAUUCAGCCCAAACCAUUGUCGUCAGAUAAAACUGCCACUGUACAGAAACCAGCUAUCCCAAAGACAGAACCUGGGAAACCAUUGGUGCUCACACCUGAAGAAUUUAAGAGACUUACUUCACAAGGAGUUUUGAAAUUCCAGCCUCCAUCUACAAGCCAGAAAACCAAGGUGGAAAUUCCUAAAGUUACUACAACAGUUAUCUCACCACCUCAAAUGACUGCCAGUCCCAUAGUGCAAGUGGAUCAUGAGAUGAAAAAUGUGAAAAGACAGCAGAGGAUGAUCAAAAAUAGAGAAUCUGCUAGUUUGUCAAGAAAACGCAAGAAAGAAUAUCUACAGACACUGGAGGAACAACUAAGCCAAUAUAAUCAACUGAAUCUAAAACUGCAGCAGGAGAAUGAGGAGUUGAGACGAAGGCUGUGUAUCAUUCAAACAGAGAAUGAGGAGCUGAAGGGUAAAGGCACUGGAAUGGCCUCCCCUGCCAAGAAGAUCUGCCUCAUGGCUGUAUUUGUUUUUUUCACACUCAAUUUUGGCACAUUCAGUAAUCUGAUAUUAAUGCCUCGUGCUACAAAUCAUAACUCCGAUCUUAGUCCUGACUUGUUUGCUCACAAGGGCAGACAACUCCUUGCUGUACCAGAAGAAAAAGAUACAUUUUCAGUUGGAAGCUUCAUGCCCGACUAUCCAUUUAGCAGACUAAAAAAGUUCAUGGAAGAAAAUCCUGAGCAUGCCAAGGAAAUCAACAACAAAACUCUCUAUCAGCUAUAUACAUGUCCAUCAUAUUUCAACAAAACAGAGUCAAUAAGACUUGCAGACCAGCUUUCUGGCUGGAUGAAACGGCAUGAACAGCAGAAAAAGAAGAAACCAAGAAAACCUGUCAGCAGGGAGAAUCGCCCCAUUACAUCAUCACACUCGCUGAGAGAACUCCGUCACAUGAGAGAACAGCAUUACAGGACACAGGAGAACCAGCUACAACUGUUCCAGGGCGACACUGUGAGAAAUUUUUGGCAGUCUCUUCCACGCCGCAAUGACACGUUUUACGUCCUCUCAUUCAACUCGGAUUACUUCCUGAUACCGGCAGUUGCUCACAAUAAGACAAUGAGACCAAGAAUGUCACUUGUAAUGCCAGCCACAUCUCUCAAUGAAACCAUGCAGCCUCCAGCUGGAAAUAUUGGUAUGAUGCAAAUAGAUUGUGAAGUCCUAAACACUCAGCUCAUCCACGUCCACAAGUCGGCACUACCGAGACACAAUACAUCGGAGUCAUUCUUCCCGUGAUCAAUGUUUCAUAUUAUAUAAAGGACAUGUGCUAAUGUCUGUUUGUAUCUCAGAAUGGAGUACAGAAAAAAAUGAUCUCAAUUUGUGUGGAAGGACCGCAGAUGGUCUUGAACAGUAAAACUCAAGGAUACAGAAGGAAUCGUAAAGAGAUUAGGGGCUAACUUAAAGACUUGGAAUCAAGAUAUUAUUGAAAUCUGUAUCAGUUAUAUUGAAUUACUUUCAAUAUAUCAGCAGUUUUCCCCCAGAACUUAUUCAUUAUAUUUGUCUGCCUGACUGAAAUUGUCUGACAUUCUUUCACUUUAAAAUAUGCACAUUUUUGUUGAGCAUCAGUCAAUGUGUAUUGCGGUAUUCAGUGCACAAUAUAAUACACUGUACUAGUAACUAUUGUGCAAUUCAACUUGAUUGGCACUUUUUUUAUGACUAAACAUAUACAUCAAGGCUAAUCAUGCUGAAAAGUUCUAGCAAUUUAUGUCCUGAUAAAUUUUAUAAAUUUCCUUCUUGGCAUUUAAUAUGUGAAUCUCAUUGUUCCCGAUUAAUUUUGUAGUUCAAGUAUAAAAAUACAAAAAGAAUAAGGAAUUUCACAAUAGUAUGUAGGAAUAAUUGUUUACUUUUUCAAAAUAAAAAUAAAUUCAGUAAGUCAAUGCCUUCGAGAAAUAUUAGCAUAACACACUUUUUUACAGUUUAACUGAAAUGAUUAUGUAACUUUGUCUCCUAAUCACUAAAAUUGUCUGCAUGAGAGCAUCUCAGUUCUUUAAUUGUAAAACUCAUUUUAGAUUUAGAUGAGUUAUUAAACUUUUUAUGAAAUCCAUAAUAUUUAGUGAAUUUGAUAACUUUACAAUUUAUGAUAGACCACGAUUUAUUUUAUUAUUUUUUUAUGUGCUGUGCUUUGCACAGCUACCUCUAGGAAUCAUGGGCAAGGUCAACGAGGACCAAAUCAUUUGGAAUCAUGAUCAAGAUCAAUUAAUAUAUGGAAAGAAAAAAAUACAGUAAAUUGAAUGAACGACUAUUAAAACCUGGGAACAAGUUUAACAGCAUUUUACUGGAAUCUUGCAGGGAAAUAAUGGCAAUGUGGGUUAACAAAAAAAUGUGAUGGAUAUUUAAAACACCAAGAUGAACCAAUAUCAGAAUUAAAUGUAAUCAUAGUAUGCCAAUAAUUCUUCACCCUUCAGCAGAACGUUGAUGCAACCACUGCCUUUUCAAAGUCAAUGAAAUUCCUCAAAAUGACCUCAUCAUCAUCAGCAAAAUAUCCAGGUAUGUACAAACUAAAACCUUGCUUCUAUUGCCGGCCAUUUUUUAUUAAUGUACAUAAUGUAUAUUUUUUUUCCAAUAAGGCAUAUUUAACACUGCUGAUGAAUAUCCUACAAAUUAACAAAUGCUUUGUUAAUGAAAUAUUUAACUGUUGAUUUUCAAAUACAUGAUUCAUGUAUUACCUGACCUUAAGCGGCAUUACCAAUAAAAAGUCAUUUUCAUAGAUACACAUUUGAUUGUAAAUAUCUCACUUCCACAUUCCAGUAAGAUUGUUUUAUAAGGAAUUAAUUGUGCUGUGUGAAUGAAAAAAUUGUUUAUUGUGCAAAUCAUUCAUUUAUAACUUUUUAAACUUACAUCUUUUUCAUAUGUUCAUUCAUUGUUUGGUAUAUAGAAACGUUUGCAUUAAGUGAUCACUAAUGGCAUUGGUCACUGAAGUUGUUGACUGACUUGUCGGUAUACAUGUACUAGCUGGGGUGUAACGUUUUAGAAAAUACUUCUGAGCCUGCCCCUGUGGAAAGGGCAAGGAGAGCUUUUCACAGCUUCCGAAGACAUAUGUCUUGCGAUAAGAAAGCUCUUUGAACGUAGCCUUUCAUAUAUGCAUUCAAAUCAAGAUGGUGCCUUACAUGACAACUAAGUUCUUGUAUUCUCUUUAUCCAGUCAUCAUCUGUAUAUUUUUCUUCAGUUAAGCUAAAUGUUUUGUAUUUAAGGUUUAAAAAAACUUUUAAAUAUAAAAGAUGUUUUCUGAUAUAUAUAUACCUUAAAUAUAAGUACAUGUGUGUUUUGCAUAGAGAGCGUAACAAUUACUCUCGACUUAGAUACGGUUGUGUACUGUAGUUUUUUUUACCACAUUAUGGAGUGACAUCCCAACAACAGAUGACAUCAGAUUAAGGAGUUACAAACUGAAUGAAAAUAUAAAGACCGAAAUGAAAAUAAAACAAGCAUUAAAAUGAAAUUGAAUUAAUGUAUUGUACAAAAAUAUUAACCUAUCCAAUUAAUCAGAUAAACUUUUGUUCAAAUUUACUCAAUUUACCACUUUGAAUUGUUCCAUAACUAACGGAAAAUAGAUAUGUGUGAUAUAUAUUAUGACACUUUUACUUGGUAGAAGAUGUAGAAUUUUUCGUGGGACACAUGGCAGAGCACAUGCCCAAGGCAGCAGGUUAUAGUAUCAUAAUUUAUUUAUCAUUUACUCAUCAUUAUAUAUAACAUUAUAAUAAGUAGUUACAAAUUUAUAUUCUUACUCUAGCAUUUUUUCAGAUUCCUAUAUAUUUUAUGUUAUUUGUUUUAUGAGAGAAUUGAAACUGUUUGUUAGCGAUAGUAUGUUGACCGUUACAUGUAUAUUAUAGUUAAGUAAAUGUGGCCGAGUAUGUUGACCGUUACAUGUAUAUUAUCAGUAAGUAUAGGUGGAUGGUACUUGUACCUAUUUGGGGAAAAAACAUGUAAAUACAAUAGUGUCUUUGUGAUUGGUGCAUGUACAUUAUGAAUUUUGUGUUUCAUACUUUUCAUUUCAUUUCACAAAGAUUUUUUUGGUAAAGUGUGUUUCACACAUGUAUCCUAAAAUAACAAGUUUCCAUGUAUUACAUGUUUUCAAAUGUGGUCAUGUGCUAGCUGGUCAAAUAACUUUGUAAAGUACAAAUAAGUUUUCAGAUCCAAAACAAAAUCCAAAGUCAAUUCAUAAACUUUUGUUUAUUGAUGAAAGUCCUAAACUAAGUGAAUAAAUCUUACUUAAAAAAUCACUGAUAUUUACAUUUUUUUUAAAGUGAUUAUUGAAGAUGUAUAACUUUGAUACGAUUUAAGAAUUUAACAUAAGAAUAACUUACAAUGAUUGUUUUUAAUCGUAAUUAGUGCUGACCAAUGAUUUUAUAUGAUUCAAUCUUGACACUCAUCCAAAGAGGCCAUUUUGUUUUGAAAUAACGACUGUUGUUGUGAUGUAGAUUAUUAAUGGAUGCAUUUUGAUUAUAAGAAUAUAUAAUUAAUGAUUUAUUGAGAUUUCCACUUUUAUUGUUAUGUUAAUGUAUGGUUUUGUCUCUGGAAAUGUUUUGUGUAAAAUAUUUUUGUCUGAAAUGAUUUCCUCAAUUAUAAAUUAUGUACAUAUUUGCAAUACUUUGCAGAGGUGUCAGUUGUAAUCACUUGGUUUGUAGAUAUGUGUAAAUAAAAAUUUACAUAAUACAAAUAAGGGUUGAAGGUACUGAAUAUCACUUUGUAAUUCACCAAUCGAAUAUUAAUCAAGACAAGACCUCAGUAAAAUCAUUAUCAUUGAUAGAUGUGCUAUUUAAAAUUGCUGAAGUAAUGGUGCAAUUUACUCUUUCUAAUUGCUUAUAAGACCUAUCGAAAAUUACAUUGAUUAAACAUCUAAGCUAUUUGUAUGUUUUGGACAAUUAUGUAUAUUCUUUAUUUGGGAGAUUUUAUCUUUGUGAUAAAUGGGUGCAAUCUUAGUUACCAGAUAGUAAUAUAUUGUGAUUUGUAGUGUGUAGUAUCUAGCAUUUCUGUUUUUAACAGACGGUUAUUUGACCACCUUCGUUUUUAUUUGACACUAUUAAACAGAUUAUACAUUAGAAGCAAUAGUUUGGGGAUAACACCACCUUCUAAAUCCAAGGGUUUGAUUUCAAUAUGCUUAAUAUUUCUGCAUCUGUUGGUUUAUCCAGGGAUAAAAACCUGACCAUUUAUACUAUGCCGAUGUUUAUAAUUUAUUUAUUGAGCAUUGCGAAAGUGCUACACACAAAUAAAAUCUUGUCAGUAUUCCUUUAAUUUUGAUCAAAGAUUUCACAGUAAUGCCUGAUUCAGUUAGAUUUCUAGUAACUUGCAUCACAUAGAUCUCAUAACACUCAUAUCUAGAUCAGCACAAAGCUACCUUUUCUUAAAUUACAUCUAACUACACACCCUUAACCGUCUCAACAUAGGUUUAUUGAGAGCAGAACUCUUGGAUUUAGGAGUUGGGAGAACCUCAGAUGUGACACAACAGGAUUUAAAUUAUUUAUAUUAAAGAAAGCCCAUUAAAGAUUAAUUAAAUUGUAUAUAAAAUCAUGGUGAAACUAUUGCCAUCGUUGCCCAAGUUGAAUUAGGUUUUCAUUGAAACUUAUGUGAAAAUGUGGCACAAAAUGUCAGUAGAAAAUGUUUAAAUUGUGAUGUUGGAUCGUAUUGUAAAUGUAGUAACAUGUGGGUAACGUGAGUUGUUAUGGACAUGUGAAAUAAACAUUUUUUAACUUUUCGUACUGAAAAAUAA